AAAAGCAUGGCGGAGUUUUCAACCCCGUUUCGCGAAUUUGUGAAAACAUUGCUGAUAAAAGGAUGCAAUAUGAAAGAGAUUACCCUGCGUACCCUUCGGGAGAAAUAUCUGGUCCAUACUGGACGGGAUAGCUUCAACAAGUUGGAGAAGUUGCAAAUGAAAAGUGUUGUCUUGGAAGAGUUAGAAAAGUUUCCUGGUAGUGAACCAACAGAAUCAGAUGACGGAAGUGCUCCAACGUCACCACCUGAAACUUCCAGCUACAGGAGAACGAGCGGUUCACAGCAGAGUUGGGAAUCGCCACAUCAGGGAAUCCAGGUAGCAUCUACAACAGCAAACAACUCUUCAACAAGGCCGACAAGUAAACCCAAGAGAAUGAGUGCAGAACAGGCCGUCAAUAUGCUUCAGGGUAAAGGGGAAGAUAAUGUCGAUAGUCUACCGGUUAGGGGAAUGGCCUUAAGAUCAUCCCCUCGCAAGAGAACACCAACAAGGGUUUCCCCUGCUGUGCGCAAAACCUCACCAAGGGUAUGCAAGGCAAAGAAAAGGCUGAGCUCAGAUCUGAUCAUGGCUGAAAUUGUGAAUGACGGUUCAGAUUCUGAGGUCAGUUGUGGUGUUGAUCAGCAAGAAGAAAGUGAUGGCGAUAUUGAUAAGGGAUGCAGUGACGAGGUGGUUACGGAUAUUGGGGAUGAUGAGGACACUGAUGUUGAGGGAUGCAGUCAGGGGGCGGAUCAGACAGUUGAUGAGAUGGAGGGUGAUGUUCCAAAGUCCGAUAUGGAUGUUUCGAAUGAUGGGAGCUUCGUCGAGUGGCGCCCAGUCAUCAAGAAGAAAAAAGUGGCUCUUGAAUCUGAUGAUACUGAUUUUGAGAUGGACGGUUGUGACACAAUUUUGCUUUCGCCUCUAGGAAAGGGGAGCAGAAAGUUAAAUCAGAGCGAGAUCUUAUUACCUUUGUCGAAAGGAAAGCAGAAAAAAGUUGUAGGAGAGAAAGCAGAUGAAACGAGUAAAGACCUUGUUAAAAAAUCUUCAGCUGAAGAAUCAAAAACGUCUUUGAAAAGUGUUGACCAUGACAAGAAGGUUCCGAUGGGUUAUUUUGUUGGCACAGAAAGGAAGGAGUGUAGAAUUGUUCUACAGAAACUAAACAUGGAUUCUCUUCUCUCGGCUGUCAGUUUCUAUAAGAAUAAAUCUGCGGCAAAUUCUUCGAGAGUAAAAUCGGAUGAGAUUGUCAAAGGAAUGAGUCAAUUUGGUGGUCAUAGCCUGGAGACGAAUAAAAUGGAAGAUGAUAGUCACAGUGAUGAUACAGAUGUUGGUGAUGUUACACCUAGAAAAGAACAACUGGCUGUUCGAUCUAGGAAAGGCAACUCAAAGAGGAAGCCUCACAGAAAGGGUGUUACUGUUGGUGUUUGUGGUGAUGACAGUUCCAGUAGUGAUGGUGAACCACUUUCUGUACUGGUGGGAAGGAAUUCUCCUGGAAUUGGUGCUAAGAAUUCUGCGGAGCAUUCCUCUAGUGAUGAUGAAUCAUUGUCUGUAGACAGGCUGAGGAAUGGGAAGUCUCCAAGAGAGCUCGUAAGAGACAGAAAACCUUCUCGACGAAAGUCUUCGAGAAUGAGUGCUGUUCUUAAUGAAAGUUAUGCAGAGAUAUUGAGUAGUGACAGUGACACAGAUCUGGAGUCUGUUACGUUAAAAAGUAAACAAUGUGAUCCGAAGGAUCCUGUAGAUGAGACAAGAUUAGGGCAACGGUCGCCAAGAAAAUGUGCUGUUAAGGAAAGUUAUGCAGAGACUUUGAGUGAUGAGGAUGGGAAGCCUUUGAAGAAGAACUUCCGUGAUAAAAGACCAAGGAGAGUGUCGCCGAGAAAAGCAGUAACUGUAAGGCAGGAAAAAGUUGUGAGAGACAGCAGCAGUGAUGACUUCGAAGACAUUACACCAAAGAAAGGUCCCAUGAAAAAGAUGCAUUCCAAAGAUAAAAAGAAAGUGUUUAGUGCAAGCGACAGUGACACAGAUGUUCAAGAUGUGACACCAAAGAAAGAAAACUUUGUCAUAGGUUCUGACGAAGGAAAAGAGACAAGAUCAGGGCAACGGUCGCCAAGAAAAUGUGCUGUUAAGGAAAGUUAUGCAGAGACUUUGAGUGAUGAGGAUGGGAAGCCUUUGAAGAAGAACUUCAGUGAUAAAAGACCAAGGAGAGUGUCGCCGAGAAAAGCAGUAACUGUGAGGCAGGAAAAAGUUGUGAGAGACAGCAGCAGUGAUGACAUCGAAGACAUUACACCAAAGAAAGGUCCCAUGAAAAAGAUGCAUUCCAAAGAUAAAAAGAAAGUGUUUAGUGCAAGUGACAGUGACACAGAUGUUCAAGAUGUGACACCAAAGAAAGAAAACUUUGUCAUAGGUUCUGACGAAGGAAAAGUGAAGGAUUUAAGUCCCAUUGUGUCUGAAGGUAAUAAGGACAAGUUUAGUGAAAGUAGCAGUGACACUGACAUAGGUGACGUGGCACUGAAAUGGGAGACAGUUGCAAAGGAGAGUGAGUCGCCAAGAAAACAUGCUCCAUUAGCAAAGAGAGGUCAGGCUGUGCUUGAGAGCUCAAGUGAUGAUGAACCUUUGUCCAGCUUGAGAGGUGGAAAGUCUCAAAGAAAUCAUCCUUGGUCUCCUGAAUGCAGCUUGCCUCGAAAAAAGUAUUUUGACAGUUCUAGCAAUGAAUCCGACAAAUUACCCGAACUAACUCCUAGGAAAACUGAUCUGACGAAGUAUGAGCAAGAUUCGGCUGAGAAAGGUGUCGGGAAAAGUGAGGACUAUUUCACUUUAAGCAGUGAUGAGGAAAUUUUGAAAGCUUUGGUUGGGAAAUCACAGAAGAAACGGAGGCCGAAAAAAAUUCGCACGCCAAACCAAUCCAAGUCCCAGAAAUUUAAGAGGAAGGCUGUGAGUUCGAGUGAUUCUGACGAGGAACCACUGAGGGUAAUUAAGGAUCAUUCCAGGACGACAAAAAUUUCCCCGAAGGAAGUCUCAAAAAAGGACAAGAAAUUACAAGAGAGUAGUGAUCUUGAAACAAGCAUCGAUACCUCAGAUAGUGAAAUAGUUCCCCUGAAGUCGUCAGGUCAAUCCAAGAACAUGGCAAGUUUUCAAAAGGCCACGAAAAAGGAUACUGGUGGUCAGGGUGGAAAACGAAAGCGAUCACAAGGCAGCAGUCAGGAGAGUGGAAGUGCUAGUGGUCCAAAGAAGAAAGCAGCUAAAGUUGACAAGGGUGGCAGUCUUGAGAAGCAGUACAAAUUCCUGGUGCGGGUCAACCGCGAGGCAGGCUUGUUUGUCCAUUACCGGGCCAUGAAGAAUAUGAAUGAGGGGAAGAAGAUCAAAUUCCUUAAAGAGGCUUUGGACAAGGCAGGAAUGAAAGGGAGGCCGACCUUAGAAAAGGCUGAGGAGUUGAAACUGCAACGUGAAGUGGCAGAGUUGAAUGCUGGAAAUAUUAUCAACAUUGAUUCAGGCACCUCUAAGAGAAGUUCCAGGAGUCGAUCGCAGACAACAAGCAGUCGUCCUGCGCCGAAACCACAGACGCCAGCUAAGAAGAGGUUUUCAAGAUUAUCGGACAUUAUCGAUAGUGAGGGAUCAUCGGAUUAAGCGAGAGCUUAAGUUAAAAAAUGAUGGUGCCAGUUUCAUUGCAUUUGUGAUUGUAACUCUUAUUUGUUGGCUUUUACCAGGUGCUCCGAUGCCCAUAUGUUACAUGUACAUAGUGUAGGUUUCAACCAGGUACACUUGUGCUUGUAUGUGAGGUAUAGUUUUCACAGGUGGCCUGGCCCUCAUCUAUCAGGCAUAGGUUCAACCAGGUGGUCUGGUGCUCAAAUAUUAGGUGUAGGCUUCAUAUGUUAGGUGAACAUGGUGUGUGGUCCUCAUAUAUUAGGCGUAGGUUUCAUAUGUUAGGUGAACAUGGUGUGUGGUCCUCAUAUAUUAGGCGUAGGUUUCAUAUGUUAGGUGAACAUGGUGUGUGGUCCUCAUAUAUAAGGCGUAGGUUUCAUAUGUUAGGUGAACAUGGUGUGUGGUCCUCAUAUAUAAGGCGUAGGUUUCAUAUGUUAGGUGAACAUGGUGUGUGGUCCUCAUAUAUAAGGCGUAGGUUUCAUAUGUUAGGUGAACAUGGUGUGUGGUCCUCAUAUAUAAGGCGUAGGCUUCAUAUGUUAGGUGAACAUGGUGUGUGGUCCUCAUAUAUUAGGCGUAGGUUUCAUGUUAGGUGAACAUGGUGUGUGGUCCUCAUAUAUUAGGCGUAGGUUUCAUAUGCUAGGUGAACAUGGUGUGUGGUCCUCAUAUAUUAGGCGUAGGUUUCAUAUGUUAGGUGAACAUGAUGUGUUGGUUAUAACCAGGUGUUCUGGUCCUCAUGGUAUUGUUACUAGACCAACUUGAUAUUCUCUUUAUGAAGACAGCUUAUAGAUUGUCCAGUUUGUGUUCAACGGUCAAUUCAGUGUUUUACUUCCACUUGUCCUCAACAGGUGGCCCACCAAUCUACCUGUUCACUGUCCACAGUUACCAGGAUGAUGCCUUUUCCCUAUGUCGUAUUACAUAACAUCAGCACUUGUAACAUAUUUUUGCAGAUUAUCAUUUAAUUAGGACUCUGGGACAUUGUCGUAGAACAUGUGUGCUUGACAUACAGUGAAAAGCACCAAAUGGCGUCACUCGUGCCAAUACUUAAGCACCCCGCAAACAUGUCAUUUAAAUCGUUGCAACCUGGGAAAAAAAUAUUAUUUGAGGUGGUCAUCGCAGGUGCCUGCAACGUAAAUUGCUGAUCGCUGCAACUUGCGAUUAUAAUCAAACCCAUCGACUACCAGUACUGGUUUUCCCAAGAGAUGAGAGAUCUUUCGGUCACCAGAUAUAAUCACAGGAGGCCGCAGCCAUUUUUAUCGCUCCUUCGCGCAGUCAUCCCCAGACCGACCCUAUUGUAUGAAAAGUCAUGUAAUUUUUGUACAUGUAAUUCUGUAAUUUGUUAGACCAACACUAUGGCGAAGAAUAUAUAAAGGCUAUACAAAUGUAUUCUUUAUUUCCUCUUCAUUGAUAAUACUAAGAUGGUGAAAAAGAUUGGUAUCAAAGUUUUAGUUGUCUUUUUAGAAGAUUUUCGUUAUUGUAUUGUAAUAUAACUUGAUAGUAUGUUCUUUGCCCUAUGUGUUCUGGGUUUCAAAAGAAAAACCCAUGCAGGUACUGCAUACCUCAUUCAAUGGCUGCCAGGCCGACUGUUUGAGCUUUCUUGAUUAUUUGUAAAACCUCCUCUUUAGAGGUCAGUCAACUUGAAAAUGCUUAGAAGUACUUUCAGUGGAGUUGACGUUGCAAGGUGGCCUUGCUCAAAUUAGAUUCAUUUUGAUGAAACCAGGGAGGUUUUAAACACAGAGUAUAUGUAGGUGUCAAAACCACCCAGCGAUACUGAAGAAAAAUACUCAGUUGCUUGUAAUGUAGUGACUUAUGUAAAUGUAAUUUGUACUUAAGUGAUUUUAAAUGGAAAAUCAAAAAUAAAGAUAGGCAAUCUCUGCUUAGGUUAGCUGUUUAUGAACAUAAUCAAAUAGGACGAGGGGGUUAAACAGGAAUGCGCAAUGGUAAACAAGACUUUUAUAAAAGCUGUCAUUAAAGUGACUUGUGUAAGAAGUUUAAUGUGAUCUUGUCGUGAGUCCUUUCAGGGAUUCAUUAUUUUCUUUGUGGCCUUGUUGUGCUUGUUUGAAUGCGUUUCUGGCAUAAUGCGGGCCUUGAGGGACUUGUUACUGGUCAGCCAUCUAUGUCUUCUCUUUUCAUGUUGUUAAAUUAUUGUGCAUUUAUCGCCAUGGAUAUUAUAACUUUUGAUGGUUUCCCUGUUAUAAUUAUGCACUUGAUUUCUUAUUGCCUGCGAUUAUUGCCAGUUCAAAAUCAAAUUCUCGAAUUCAACUCUGUCUAGCUUCCUCAGAUGUCAAUAUGAAAGAGCUGUCAGUGUGGUCAGUAAGCUUUAUCUUCUGAUAAAAAAAGUCAACGAUUUGUUUCUAUCAUACCGACAGUACUCAAUGGUUAAAGCCGGCGACUUCUCGUUAAAAGAGUCCUGUGCUGUCGUAAUGUGAAGUAACAUGGAAUUCCUUUAAGACAUCAACUGAAGUUCAAAGCUAAUAGGGCCUUCAUGAUUCCCAUGGCAGUUAAAUCGUAGUCUAACAUCAGACACCAUUUCUGGUCUAAGAUUGUUAAAUGUGGUUUAAUUAUAGAGGAUUGGCUUUUCAGUGUCUUGUGUUGUUAUCUCCCUGCCAUGGUGAAAUGUUUAUUUAAUUACGCACAUGACUCAAGGCAUAUACAUAUAUAUGUGAUUGGGGAAUGCUCCUCUAACAAUGCUUUGCUGGCUUCUUGUAGAUUGUAUUUGUUGUUACCCUUCUUUACUGUAACAUCGGCUCAUUAGUUAACCAUUAACGCAAAUAGGAACUGAGCUCUGACACAGUUAAAUGAUAAUGCAUUGUUAGAAUUCAAAAUUGUUUAUUACAAGUUAUAUGAAAGCUACCUGCAAUGGGGUUGUUGAAAUUUAUACUCAGAGUAUAUUGACACAGUUUUCAAAUUGUUUGACCAAACAAAGUAGGCCAUUAACCCCUGAGCUACAUGUACCGUAUACGCUGUUUUGCAAAGGUACAGUCAAUAUCCAAUCAGCAAAAUGUCAUAUCAACUGCUACACAUUUCAGCUGCUGUUCAGUGUUGGAAUGGGUUAAGAGGCCCUUGAAUCAAAAACAUGUAUUUCGGCUUUUUUCAUGUAUAACCUAAUUCUUGUUGUGUUAAUAGUGACCCAGAAGGUGUUUUAUCACGUGCCAUUGUAAGCAUAAGCUUAAUCAGAUUUCUUUUGACAUGUUUGACUGGGCUGCAACUCCUCACAUCAGGGGGUAUAUGGGUGUUUUACAAUUUUAACAAGUUCUUAUUUGAUGAGCAUUCACAGAGCUUGACACCUGAAUUUAUGAAUGCCCGGCUGAGCAUGAAGUAUUGACUGCAUGGUGUAUUCCAACUUAAAGAGUAUCAGAAAUACUGGACCACACUGAAGAAAUGUCACAUGUUCUUUUGCUGAAGAAAACCUACAUUGUUUUAAAGUACCAUUGAACCUCUGUUAGCAGGACACUCUCUGUAUUAGGAACUAUGAUUUUGGUCCAAAUUGGUUGUUUCUAUACAUUUUCACCUCGGUAAUGAGGACACCUCUCUAUUAAGCAAAGCAUUUAGCCACAGUCCCAAGGGUGUCCUUGAUAGAGAGGUUCUUCUAUGUGCUUAAUCUCUGUACACAUUUUUACUUAUUGUAUGUUAUCUGCAAAAAAUGUAUUCUGUAAUGUACCCUACUUGAUAUGAAAUAUUUCACAAGGAUAUCUUGGCCUCAUUCUUGCGCUUGGCUCAUUAAAGUGAUAGUAUAACCUCUUGUAAUUUCGACAUGACCAGGUGCAUUAUCUCAGCAGUUGUUCUGCCAGAAAGUUCUGUCAAGUUGUGAAAAGCUCCUCAAAAAUGCACCAAAUCCUUUGGAGUCACGCCAGAGUUGGAAUGGUAUAAAGCACUGCCUGUAUUCACCAGAGCAUUAUGUCUAUAACCCUGGAAAUCGGGCUGAAAUCUGGUUGGUUUGAAAUACUGAAAGCAUAGUCAUUUUGAAGGGUUGACCAUAGGUUCAACCAUUUUGGCUAGAAAUUGAAUUCCAAAAGCAAUUCGAACUCCUUCAAAAUGAAGCUAAUGCCCAUUUAAAACCUGGGAGGUUGUUCUCCGGAAAGCAAAGAACAGACUCCCACCAUUGAAAUUGGCAUUCACGAGUUCUGAUUGCUUUCAAAUGUCAACUUCGAGCCAAAAAUAUGGCGCCAAUGGUCUACCCUUAGUGUUCAUUCUUUGAUUUGACUUUACUAAGUCAGGUGAUUCAUAAUCAGGAAAAUCGCAAUAGCAUGUAGAUAAUUUGCUCUGUCAAAACCCUGACCCACACCUGCUCUGUCUAAAGUAGGCCAUUACUGGCAAUUCCAAACUUAUUAUUGGCUCUUCUGCCACUCAUGCAUGCAUACUGGCACCAGUUUUUUUCAAUGUACUCCCCCUCUCGAUAUUUGUAGACGACGUCGGAGUAAAGAAAAACGUGACAAACAGGCAUGAAAAAAUAUUGUAACAUGGGCUAUAAAAAUGUGCUGAUAUUAUUGACCACUGUUAGUUAUGUUAAUACCACUUUAGAUAUCUCAUCAUUGUACAUGACAAAAAAAAUAUUGUUGGUAUCACAUGUUUCUUUAUGAUUUGUUGUAUGAUAGUUGAA